AUGACUUCAAACCGAAGCAAAUCCACGUCGUCCUCAGAGAAUGGCAUGCCGGGAUCCCUGGUGUCCACAGUCGCGUUUUUGCCGCACAAGACUGGAAAAGAGAAACAACGCGCCUCAAAUUCUAAAUCUUGCCUCGUUAAGGUUGCUCUUGUGGCCUUGCCAAUACUCCUUCUGUUAGCAUUGGUUAUUGUUCUCGUGAUUCUCUUGACUAGUGGUGAUAAAAGAGACGAUCCAAAGACCAACGGUCUUCGUGCUGGUUGUAGCUACUCUGAAGAAGCCAAACGCAUUGGUUUGAAUGUAUACCUCGAAGAACUUUUUCAUAAACACUAUGAACUAAUGCCGGAGAAGAUAGGGUCGAAAGGGAAGGUGACUUUCGAUGAGAUUACGAAACAUUAUCGACCUUAUGAUCCAAGUCCGAGUGCUGUCAAGAACUUCACCGAUGAAGUUCGAAGGCUGUACGAGAAGAUGAAAGAGAUCAUCGGAAAGUCGGAUGGAUCACGUUUGAAAUUACGUGAAAACAAAGCUAUGUAUGUGGCACAAUAUUUGCUGAAGCAUUCCUUCGACUGGGGUCCUUACGAGCGAGAUUAUUACACGGGUGACUGGAUGUUUGAGCCAAAUUUGUAUUGUUGGCAGCCAAUUUGCGGUGUGCUUGAAAACUUUUUUACCGUGAUACCCUAUUUCAAGCCCGGUAAUCUCCAACAAUUGAAACGGCUUGAAGAACUCUUUAAGAAACACAACGAAACAAUUUCACGAUACAUUGAAAAUCUGAAGCUGGGCGUGGCAACUGGAAUAGUCCGCUCUGUGGAGUCUUGCAAAGCUGGGAUUAUUGCAAUUAAGAGAAAUUAUUAUCAAUUUGCUGUGCACAACGAGACAGGUAAGAUUCGAAUCACCGAAAGAUACUUACUAAGGAGGGAUAGUUCGUUCUGAUGAGGCUGGUUUUCACUUUGGAGGAAAUUGCAGGACUUUUCUUAAACAGAGAGGCAAACGUCUGACUUCCCGUCUGUCUGUCUAUCUGUCUACCUGUCUGUCUGUCUGUCUAUCUAUCUGUCCAUCUGUCUGUCUGUCUGACUAUCUGUCUGUCUGUGUGUCUCUCUAUCUGUCCAUCUGUCUAUCUGUCUGUCUGACAUUCAGGCCACUUGUCCUUCCGCCCAUUUAUCUCUCUCUUCACUUAUGUCCGUCUGUAUUUUUUAUGUCUGUCAGUUUGUUAUUAAGUGAUCCUGUCUGUUUCUGAAGCAAAUCUAUUUAUUAUUCAGGAAUUUUCAACGAGCAAUUAGGGAAAAAAGUCCUCUCAGAAGGAUUCACCUCAAAAAUCACGCCCGAAAUGAACGCCACGUGGUACGAGACAAGAGGCGAAGGCGUAUACCAGUCCCUCCGACGAUUUCUGUUGGUUUACUUGGGCGAACCGCUGACAAGACUUAUACGGUAUGGGACAUCAGUUGCUCUAAACCUGGUAUAAUAUUCUGUUGGGUUGUCAGAGGGUAAUAAAAAUUUAAUGCCUUCGGGAAUCAGAUAGAUACGUUCGCUCCAGUGCAUUUUUAGUGCAAAGUGUGACCAUGAUUCUCAGCGCCUCAAAUUUCAUUGGUAGUUGAUAACUGAACUGCUACUACGGCCUUUAAGCAUCUAAGCAUGCGCACUGAAAUUCAGUGACAGAUUUUAACAUCUGACAUUAUUAUCUUGUUAAAAUCAAAUUUCCAGUGAAAAAUUCAACUCAAAAUUUCGAGCGUGCUUGCCAGCGUUUGCCGUCUGGUUGAAAUUCUCGUUAACCUGGGUCUAAUUUUUUUUCUGUGCGAGCGAGCGAGAGUGGUAAUUAAAGUAAUCACGUCAGCCAAUCCGGAUUGAGAGCCAACCAGAUUUCACAGUGAAUAUGCUCACUUAAAAAAGGCGGGAAAAUGUAAGUGACCGAGUCGUGAUUGCUCUGAUUCUGUACUUGAUUGGUUAAUAAAAUGCUGCUGAUUUUCUAGACCAAUCACAACACCUAAUGGCAAAAAACUGAAAUCGCCAGAUUACCGGCCUCUACCCUCAACUGAAUAUUGUACUGUAGAUAUGAUUCCUAACUGAUAAACAUGUGACAUCUCUUACUGAUUUUAGAUACCUUGAAGAGGAACAUAUCAAAUAUUGUUACGAUGGUGCAACGGGAAUAGCGAAAUUACCCUUAAAUGCCGUAUACGCCGGUGGCGUUCGUGAUCCAUCUCGCCCGACUACUGGAAGCUUACCGAAUGGAGAAAAAUUCAAUGCAAGUACUUCGUACAAAAGACUACUGUCAUUUUUCACCAGUACCUCCAUUUCUCCAGAUAAAUUGAGAGCGAUGGGUUACAAAAAACUCGAAGCUUUACUCAGCGAGGUAUUUAUGUUUGUCUUUGCUGCGAAAGGGAGAGUUAUGUGCUUGAUUGUGAAUCGAAAGACCCCGCUUUUAACUCUAAAAAGAUGUACUGUGGUGAAUUCUUUGAAACAGUUGAAUAGAAUAGUUGAAUUAUCACGGUACCUUUUCCAUCCAGGAGCACAGGGGUUCCAGCAAACUGUCUGGGGGGGGGGGAUACAACCUUUGCAAUAAUAAAAUUUUCUUUAAAAUAAAGGAUUAUAUUCUGAAAAUUAUAUUUAAAAGAUAUCGGAAUAAAGGCGAGGAUCUGACACGUUUUCUCUUCAUACUGCGAGAAUGUAGGACCUACAAGGUUUCAUAUUAAUGAAACACUUAGUAAAGAAAGUUUUCGAACAUUUGGAGUGGACAAAAAUCAAGUUUCUAUUAUAAUAAUUCGAACCCAAACCAGUUUUGCCCUCACGGCUGAAUCCGAUAACAAAGCAGUUGAGUUACAUAAAGCAAAUCGGCAAGCGAAGCCAUACAAUAUGUUAACUCUUUACACCCUAACAGUAUGCAUCUUGUCCAUGUUGUUCUCUAUACAUUUACUUAAGGGCUGACAAGGAAAGUUUGUUUAACAAUCAACAGCUUAAUCUUGAGUUUAUGAUAAUUUCCUUUAUUCUCCUGACCUGACCUGAGUGGUUUAGAGGCGAUUAUGUAGAGAGAGACUAGAUGAUAGUCACCCUUAAGGGCCAGAGCGUUUAUUUGAAACUAGUGUCUUGCACACGGCCCCGAUCAGUCAGUGUCGGAAGCGCAUAUUUUGUAGAUGUAAAAGGGAGGUGCAGCGGUUUAUGGAUUUCUUUUCAUCAAAGGUAAAGAAUCUUGCGAAGCAAUAUACCGGAACCAAGGACGAAGACCAGGCUGUCGUUGAGUUCAGAGACGUUCUCAAAUCACGUGACAUGUUCUUUAACCGCGAUUCUUUCCCCAGUAACGAGUCUGGGGAUGAAGCAUAUAUGAAAUGCACUGACACUGAGGGAGCGCGCGCGUUUUGCCCUGUGCGCUGGAAAGCGCUACAGAAGUGGAUCAACUACACAAAACACGUAUGUAAAACUCUUGUCAAUUUCUAUUUGCACCGUUAAAGUAGAAUCUUAGAGGGGCAUCAACGUCAGUCAAAAAGAAAAAAAAUUUUGUUUAGUUCUUUUGGUUUUCAACCGCUUUAUUUAUAAAGAAGGGCCAAUCUUUUGGGAAAUUCUCAUUACCAUUAAAAAUAUUUCAUUUGAUAAAGAAUAACCUAUUUUCAGAACAACAACGAGUCUUUGAUACUUAAAAGUAGUGUGCUCUGCUUCAUUUAAAAAGGUUGCUGAAGUUCUGACACCCAAGAUAAAAAAUCUCUUCUACGAUUCCAAUUCGAAGAAAACGACACCAUCUUGUGGUAUUUCUGUAAAAGGCGACUACAAGCCUGAUGUUUGUUUCCAUGGUUACGAAAUGGGUUGCCCAGCGAGCCAGACACUGCCGUUCUUUAUGGACGAUUUUGGGCCAAAAUACACAGAGUUUACAACGACAUCUCAUGAACAGCUUCCAGGACAUCAUUUAGAGGUAAGAGAAGCUGGAUGGUGUCUGUUUCUUUCAUGCAUGAGUGCGAGCUAGAGCAUUGAAACUGCUCUCCUCUCUUGCAUGUUUUUUUUAUAUAUAUUCCCCUACAGUUGAAGCGGGUCGUGUCAGAGCUGUACACAGUUGACAAAGCAAGGAGCAAUGACGAUUUCUUCCCAACCCCACCCUUCUCGGUAGCGUCUUACCUGUGCUUAUUCCAAUUGCGACAUUGUGUAUACUGGUUCUGCUCUCUGUUUUCAAGUGCUCUUCUUUUUCUGAUUGCCUUUUUUUCUUCUGCAAUUGCUGGAUUUAUUUUCAGCCUAUGAUCCCUCCUACCUCGAUUUUUUGUAUGUGUUGUGGUUUUUGUUCUGUGUCCUUGAAAUGCGUUCAACUCUGUCUUGAAGAUUUAUCACUCAAGCAGACAGUCUACCACAAGCCCUUCCAGCCCUACCUACUUUCUAUUGAGAUUCGAAAGACACCCAUUACGUCCUGUGAUUGGUAUAGAAAACGUAAGCCACCCUGUCAGCCAUUAGAUACAAAAGUAAACCAAUCCAGACUAGGUUACGCGCACUUUUUGCGCCUCAUUGGUGCAUGGUGGUUAUUUCUUUUGUUCCUAUCUGCCGUCGUUAUUAUUUUGGUGGUGGUUCUGCAACAUCCACCCAAAAUGCAAUUUACAUCAUACCUUAACGUCCCCGUGGGUAAUUUCCCUCACUUUCCCUGAGUCCAUUGCGAAAGUGUCCGACAGUCAUGAUUUGUGACUCUCUUUUUAAUCUCAGGUCGGAGGUUUUGACGAGAAUUUUCAAGAUCACUGUGAGGAUGCAAUAUCCUGGAUAUCUGCUGAAAACUAUAUUCCCCCUUUCACCGAGGGAUGGGCAACCUAUGUCGAAUAUCCUUUGAUGGCCAAAGAUACCAAUUCCUACAUCAAUGUAUUGGAUAAGAACAUUUUGUUACAGAAAUAUGGGAUGAUGAAAUAUCAGGUAACUCAUGCCCAAAUGACACGUGUAUUGUUUGCUAUAGUGAGGCAGUGUGGCCUAGCGGUUAGGGAGCUGGACUUGUAUCUGGUGGUCCUGGAUUCAAGCUCUCCAUUCUUCUUCUUACAAGAUUUGUUCUCGGUUGUCUUGGGUUCAACUCCUUGGCUGCACUUUGUAUAUAGCCAACUAUAAAUCUAUAGCAGCCAUUAAGGAGAAUUGCACAUCCGAUCAAGGAAGUCAAAGGGAAGUUAAAUGGUUAUAUUGAGCAAUGUUAUGUAAAGCGAACUAGGAAAGAACUGUAAAUAAAGUUCAGUGAACUGAAUUGAUUGAAACCACCAGUAAGAGAAAGACACUCCUCGUUGCUUCUUUAUGUUCUGUCCGACCGUUAUUUUUUACAAAUACAGACACGCGUUAAAAUUCCGUGUUUCUCAUUUCGUCUGCUCUUUACUAAAUAAGGUACUCACGCAUUACACGCUAAACACGGAGCAUGCGUAAGGCAGAGGUGAGGUAAUCAAAAAUUAUUUCUUUCCAGAUCCUCGCUGCCCUACGAUCUGUUUUGGACAGUGGCGUUAAUUACUUCGGAAUGACGCGCGAGGAGGCCACCAACCUUUACGCGCAGUACGCUUGGGACGAAAGUGACCUGGCCGUCAAGGAUAUCACGCGGUUCCAAAAUACUCCAGCAAUUGCCAUGAGCUACAUGAUUGGCCACGAGACGUUCGUCAAAUUGAGGCAACAGGCCCAAAGAGAACUGGGAGAGAGUUUCUCGAUGAAAGAGUUUCACUACCAAAUUCUACGUCAAGGAGAGAUCCCUUUAGAGUACCUGGAGGAGCACAUUUCGCGUUUCAUCAAAUGCAAGAAAGGCUCCUCGGAGCGAAUUUGUGCAGAAAUACUCUCGUGACAAUCUAUGAGGGAAGCUAACUUUAAAAUAAGUUCAAGCAAAAAAUACUUUAAACCAUAAGAAAUAAUUUUUUUCCAAUGUACUUUAAAUUCUCCAAACUAACGUUAAGACACACCGACUAAGUUCUGAGGGAGAAUUUGCGAUUUCCUCUGGGAAAUUAUUUUGAAAUAUUUUCCCUUUGCAUGGAAGCAGAAGCAUAUAACCUUGGUUUCUGAGGAAAGGUAAUCAAAGUGUCCAGUGUGAACAAAAAUAUGAUGUCUGUAUUACACGGUAUUUGCUAAAAUACUUGCGUGUUGCAGUGCGUUUAAAAACAAUUUUAAUACUGGACACUGUGUUAGAAGCUUUGGAAUAAAGCCCUGGAGAUUCAUCGAAGUUAGAUUAAAAAAGCUAGAAUAUGUUACACAGAGAUUCUAAAAAUAUGUAAUAUAAAUUAAAAGACUUAGUGCUGAAGAAACUUAAGAGAUCGGUAGACAGAUUAUAAAUGAUGCGUUAAAGUCAUUCCUAAUGGUUGCAUGCACAGCUAUAUUGUAAAUAAUUACGCGUGUGAACAUUGGCGCGCAUAUCUUAGUUGUUUUAAACGAACACCGUGGGAUUUCGCGGUCGUUCUCGCCCCGCCGGCCGAUGUCAAAGUCAACAUUUACCCAUUCCAAGCAAAAGAGACUGUGGUACUGCGUCGGUGGGAGAGUAUAACAAUGUAAUUUAGUGUUAUCAACUGAGUUGAUAACGUAAAUUGGCCACCGUAAAGAGUUUCAAAGCUGACGUUUGGAGCGUUAUCCCUUCGUCAGAGCGAUUGAAGAAGGGCCAACACUCGAAACGUCAGCCUUGAAACUCUUUACGGUGGCUAAUUUACGACAUUAACCCACUUGACAAUGCUAAAUUACUCUUUACUGCAUAUAAUCGUCAACUUAGGUGUUGUAAAUACAAUAAGCUAAUAGUAGAUUUCUCUCAUUUACUACCAAUAAAGGAAAAUAUGCCAACCUUAAUUUGUUAAUAACUUGUCUUCCAUAAGAAAUAUCAACACCCCUAAGGUAUAUCCCGAGGGUUUGUAUCAUGGCGGGGGCGGGGACUGGGAGGAUUAAAAUUUCUCGUAUCCCCAGCGUACCUCGUCCACUAGCUUCAUGACGUACGUACGUGUUCGUCAUAAGUUGAUACGCCGGUGUGAUGGCGGGAGUGCUUGAUGUUAAAUAGAAUUCCUUAUAUUUUUUAGAAUGCUUUGGGAGAAGUAUGACCACACAUGUUCCGCACACGUUCUGAGCUUGGAUCUAGCCGCACGUGAUUAAACCCUUAAAAUUUUUGUCAUAAUUUUAUCGCCUAAAAAUAUCCUCAGUUUCGGUGUACUGUAAGGCGCAAUUUUUCAUGGGGGGGGGGGGAAGAGUCCCAGUGUGUCAAACAGAGGGUAUUCACCAGUUUUCGCCAUCUGAAUAUUUUAGGCUUUUGGCUUUUAAAAAAAAAGCUCACAAAAGGAUCCCUCCCCCUUAACUUCGCCUUUGCACUGACAAUUAGUACCCAUGUAAUAUAACAGACAGCCUCAACCCGGCGGUUUGUAUCUUUCCUCAACGUCUUCCUUAAUGCCGGCUGUGGUGAAAAUAAAUGGUGUGCAAAAUGCAAGGUAUGUUAAGGUUGUGCCAUAUGCCUCGACCCUAUUUCCAUUAGUGAAAUGUGUCCCCCAUGUUUUCAGGAGAUUUAAUCCGUUCACUUUGGUGAGCUCGAUCCUGGAAGCCUGUUGGAGUGCAGUUAACUUUCGUCUUACAAGAGAGAUCCUUUCUAGCAAAUUCAGAUCAAAACUUUCAUUCCCUCACUCUGCAUUGUUUAUCCACGCAACCUUGCGAACCUGUUGAUUCUCAGGAGUAAUUUCAAUACUGUUUCCUCCUUUCCUUGGAGGAACCUCUCCCUUGGCUUUCCCACCAGAGAAGCUUGAACGAUUCAAAUCUCCAUUUUCUUUACCUAAAGCACUGUGGUCUGUCUUGCUCAUCGCAGAAACUUUCUGCGGAUAAAUUUUAGAUUCCCUUGUCUUAGAUCUUCUCCUAUUUUUCCCACCAGAACCUGAGUGAGACAUUUUGCCUUGUACAUCUUCACCUAAAUGCUUAGUAAGUUUUAUCUUGGUUAAGCCCAUUGUAUAAUGUUUGGAUGGACAUGUUUGUAUGUUCAUGUACGUUUUAUCCCAAGUGAUUUUCUCAGGCAUGUUGAUGUCAAAUCUUUCAGCUUUCUCUUCGCUUUCAUGGUGUAAGUUUUGCUCCGGCCCGACCAAAGCACGCGCUUUCGCACCGCUAAUCUUUUUGUCCCUCUUUCCUUUGCCUGCAUGGUUCAAACUUGUAGAAUUUCCAUUACCAUGGACUUGAAGAGAGCUUCCACUAACUUCUCUUUCAAUGUUAUUAUUGAACACUCCGUUCUCGGCAUUAUGGUAGGAGUGUUUCUCUUUAUUGUAUUCGCUAGUUCCAAAGGGAUCUUUAAGAAACUGCUUGACGGCACAUCGGACUCGAGGUAAACGAGUAUAGUAUAUAAUCGGGUUAACAGCGCUCGAGAAGUAAGCACAAUACCAAGCAAUGAAUGCAAACCACAUUUGAGCCUGGUUCACUUCCUGAAGACCUAUGGUAGCAAACACAACGACUGGAAUGUGGCAGAAUAAAUAUGCAGCUAUUGUAAUGAAGAUGGUUUUGAUGGCUUUUAGGUCCUGUUUAAGUCGAGCCACGGCCUGCGUAGCACAUAGGUUCAUCACUCCCCUCUGCAAAAAAUAAAUACUGGUUAUGCAACAAUUCCUUUUUAUGCUAUCAUGGAUAAUAUUAGUGUCGUACCCACGCCUUCCACGGCCAAGCCUACAUUUCAGUGGCAGUUAAACGAUAGGGUCUGGGUUAGAGAUUUGGAUGAUAUAAUAAGUUAUAUUACGCACGCAUUUAUUAUUGGAGGACAGAUGCAUUUAUGAUGUCACUAUUGAUUCUUCGUUUUAUUAUGAGAAAGUCUUGCAUAAUUAUCUAAAGCUACUAUUUGGCCAAUUCGAUUCCUCUCGGGCAGAUAUACCCGCGUCCAUCAUCCGUGAGAUGAUUCCAAAAAUACAUAAAUGACAGUGAAUGACAAUUAACAAAACAAAACAAACAUAAUUUGGUACCUUUUUUUUCUCCAUCUGUAUUGCACGAGCUGUCAAGCACGACAGUAUUACUGCAAAGGAGACAAAAAACGCUCUUGUAGCAGCGACGAAGAGUUUUCCUUGUUUAAAGAUCUCAGUUCUGUAGUGAAUAACAUGCGCAUCACCAAGAUUGAUGUCGGAAAGCAGGAUCAAGGAUGAGACCGUCGAAAUAAUACUGACAAACCAAACGAGAGAAAUACAGAUGACUGCAUUCGUCUUUGUUUUCCAAGCAAGAUACUUAAAACCAUACGAAAUUGCCAGGUACUUGUUUACCAAAAUGACGAGCAUAGAAAGUAGAUUUAGUGUCGCAAAGAGCCGAUCGAAACCGCAUGUGAGAAUUCCUAAUGCUUUGCCCCUAAACCAACCAGCCUCUAAAACUGUGUAAAUCAUAUACAUAGUAAAGGCUAUAACUGCACUUAGAAAAUCCACCAGACAAAGAUUGGCGAUCAAGAUGUUCUGAAUUGUUCGUAACGACUUAAACCGAGCAAUCACAGCGAACAUUAGACCGUUGCCGAGUUCACACGCCAAUAUAAGGAUAAAUGUCAACGCACUCAUGAUGACUUUGGUUAUAAGUGGUUUUCCUGGAUACAUAGCGGCUGGAACAGUGAUGGCUCGGGAGCUAAAACAAAUUAUGAGAUAAAAAGAUGACAGAAAACCGCAAUUUCAUGUAAAUAGUGUAUUGAAAGACAUCCGAACAAAACAAAGGUACAGAGGAGACCGUGCUAAACAAUGGAAAAAUGGGAACGAAGUAUUGUUAUCACUUUUCGUUUCUGCAGCUGGUUCUAAUUGGAUCAAUUAUGUUCUUUAAGCAGCUUUAUAACCAAAUGCAGUUGUUAGCCUUGACCUAAAAUUCAAUACUAUUUAAUAACCUGGUUUUAUCUCAAAUCCAAUGGAUUUGAUGUUAAUACUUAAGCAUCAAAGUCGAAUAAUUUGCCUGAUCAUAAAAAAUUACAAUUUCCUCCAUAGUGAUGGGCUUAAAAAGCUCCUAUUUUCCACUAAUUCAUUUGCCAAGUUGUUAUCGGACAGUUUGUUAACGGACAGUUCAAUAAGCCAAUCACAUUCAAAGUUGUAGUUGAAAUCAACCAAUCACCAGAAAUCCAUUACAUUUUGAUUGUAGUGAUAAACAAAUCGGACUUCCGCUGCGCGGUCGUCCGAUUUUGUUAUCACUUGUAUGCUUACAGACUGAAUUGGACUCCUGGAGUUGGACAUUACUGAUCAAAUCCGAUAAACAUGUUUAAAGGACUAAGAAAUUUAUGAAUAAUCACUGCUGGCAAUGCUGAUGUAACACCACAGGAUACUUGCGUAAUAGCUUUAUUGGCAAAAAUUGAUUCUUUAGUAAUGAGUUUCUGAGGAAUAUAUAAAAAUGUACUCUAAAUUUCUCCUUUUUUUUUUCAAUUGUCUUAAUUUAGAAUGUGUUCGUGUGAAAUAAAGUACACUCAGCUCUGAGUCUAUUUUGCUAUCACUAGUCGAGCAGGGAAAAGUGGCAGCUUAAGGCAUAGAGGAAUAAAAUGGGUGAAGUUUCCAAAGAAACUGUGUCGCUGUUUCGGUUAAGGGUAUUACAAGAUAAUCUGUUAGUUCGACUCCUAGAUGUAGCUUGUGAGAAAAUAAACCAACGAUAGUCCAAGCUUAUUUGCGCCUUAUGCAAAUCCCCGCUUGCAGAUUAAGUGUAGUCCUUAGAAAGUGAGUUGCAGUGUCUUCUUGACAGAAAUUCAAAUGAAUAGGAACACUUUGCAAAUGAAGUAUAAUCCCUCAGAUAAUGUCAGGUUAUUCAUGAUUGGAAAACAAGUAAACACGGCAAACAAGGUCUAUAUCCUUGUCCAAAGCAUUUAAAAAUAUCAAGCAGUUCUCUAACAAUUUUUGGUGUGUGCUUAUUAUCAGUAACGUGGUAGACAUUGCAGAUAUAACGUCAGCAAGACGUUGAUUUUCAAGUGAUGACAGGCCUAUUCUGUUAAGCAGUUCAGUAGAGGCUGUUUUUUUUUUCCUCAAAACGAAACGGAGGGCAUUCUCGUUUAUUUUUUACAAAUUUAUGGCAACUUUGCGUCAAAAAUGCAGCUCUCUGAUCGGUAGUUAAAAUGCAUAAGGAUAACAGUGAGUUAGAGAAGUUUUCUUGUAUGAAAUCGGAGAAUCUUUUUCAUUCGCUUGAGUACUGCAGUCUGUCGGGAGAUUUUCCUGUACACAUCGGCUAUGAGAUCAAAGCAGUUCUGGAUUAUAUUUAACUCUAAAUCAAAGCCAUCAAGUUGAAAAAAUACGUAGAAUCAGGUUCUUAGAUCACAGUCCAAUCCUUCCGUCUGGAUUUUAAUCAGUCUGCCUCACAUCAGUUUGCAUAUUUUCCAUACUUUUUUCUGUACAUUUCUUAAAAUACUGACAAGGAGAAUUUGUUUAACAAUCAAUAGCCACUUAAGUCUAUGAUCAUUUCCUUUGUUUUCAUGACUCUAAUGUUUGAUUCAGGGGUGAUAUUGUAAGGAGAGAUUAGAUGCGAGAUGGCAUCGUGUCGUUAAUUCCUCCUCCAACAUUCUUAUGAUUCCUGAAUCCAUAGUAUUUGCCUCUAGCCUAACGUCUAUUGGAAGAUCCUUGAAAGAAAAUGGUUUUCGAGUAUUAAACCUCAAAUCUUGAGGGAUCCUCUGAUCUGCCCUCUUAAAUUGUCUCCCAAUUCCCUCCCCACUGCCAAGAGACAAAUUUUGUUCUAAAUCUUCUGAAGAAACCGCUAUGCCAAUCAGCGCUUUGCCAUGGCUUUCAACACUGACAGGGUGAGGCGCAAGUAUUGUCGGAAUCCUUUAGUCUUUUAUCAGCGUACUCUGAUCUUGCCGAGUUUUCUUCUCUCUUGACUCGAAAAUUGCAAUGGAUGGGUCAGUGGCUUCUCUUUGAAGUCAUCUUUUCCAAAUGUGUCUCUUAAAGGAACGUAUUGAUGGCUCGGCGACAUCGUCGUAAUCUAGCAAAGUAUAUGAUUUGGUUAACAAUGCUUGAGAAUCCUAUCCAGUUCUAAGCCUCGGGUGUCAACUGUAGACAUGACAAGUGGGUAUGGCAAGCGACACAUGCAGCUAUUGUAAAUAACAAUAGUUUUGUAUGGCACGUAUGCUCAAUUUACCCUCUCCUUAAAUCAUAACAGUAUGUCACAAACUAUAGUUUCAAUUUGCUAUGAAAAGAAGAAGCUGUAAAAAGUUCUUCAUAGCGCAAAAUGUCAGCUAAGACACUAUAGCGGCACAGAUAACAAACAACAAAGAUCUCCCUGCGACAAAAAUCUUUCCUUGCCAAAGGAACUCAGCUCUGUAUUCCCUACGUGGCUUGAGAACCUGAAAGAUCGACAACCAGCAACGGAAUGGAGGAUAUUAUUGUCAAAGUAAUACUGACAAACCAAACAAACGAAACACACAUCAAUGUAUUUUUCUUGUCUUCCAUGCAAGAGACUUCGAAUCAAACUGAAAUGGCCAGGUGCAUGCUUGUCAAACUGGCAAGGACCCUAUCAGAACCACUGAUUUUGAUUGCCAAGUAGCGUCCACGGUAAAAGAAAAUCGUGUAGGUUAAAAAUUUUUAUGAGUGCAUUGAGAAAAUCCAAGAUUAGCGAUCAGGAUAUUCUGAACUGUGCGUAACGACUUUAACCGAACCAUGAUCACAGCGAACCUUUCAUUUUCAAAAAAAAGAAAAAAAAAACUGAGUACACACGCUGACAAAGAAUAGCCGGUUGUAAACACACUGAUGACAACUUGGGCAAAAAGGUGUUUUUCGAAUAUUUGGGCUAAACGAAAGCGACGUGAUCAGUAUAAUCAGGGCGGGGUUUCAUGAAGAGAAAAAAAAUACUGUUAUAGAACUGAUGAAAGUGCUAUUGCUCAUCGUGUUUUUUUCGGGUAAAUAAACGUUUAAUUGUUUGUAUCACGAUGCAGGAGUCAGGGUAAUCAAUCGUUUAUUGAUUGCAACGUUUCGACUGCCAUACUGCGUAUCUUCGUCAGGCGACAAGGUCGAAAGCUUACGUUUCGCCAGAAAAAAUACUGUGGUUUGAACAGGAAGAAGCAGAGCUUUCAUUUCCUAUCGGUAUAAAGAUAUGUAGGAAAGAAAUUUCAAACAAAGAAAAUCCAACCAACACACAGAGCGAACUGAAAAUUCACAAGGGUAAUAGAACGAUGAAAAUAUGACAUAAAUCAAUUUUUUUUUGUUGCUGUCUUAUGACUUAAACAAAUAUACUGUAGUUUGAAGAUGAGCGGCUUAAAAUAUUUCUAGUGAGAAAAAGUAUUCGACUAACACAUGACGAUAAGCAAAAAUAAAAAUAAAAAAAGAAAAAGAAGGGAGUUGACCAAGAAGCAUUGGAAAAUCUUUUAAAAACUAAUGUUUUCACCUGCAUAUUUUCUUUAAUGCGGAUGGUUUUAGUGAUACCAUGAAACACCUCCUUUAAGAAUGUUUUUAAUUAAGGCACGAUUCAUUUCUGUCAAAGGAAAUUUCAGAUAGGAAAGUGAUAAAAUGCGCAUUGGAAAGAACUUUCCUGGGCCUAAUUACCUACCAAGAAUCGCUUUAAAGUACCCAAGCUGACGUCAGCAAACUUGUCUAUAAAAAGGUGAUAAGUAUCGUUAAAAGUCGGUUUUCAAGAUAUAUUUUGACUAUUUGUGCCUAAAAAAGAGUGAGAGGUUUGAUCGAAUAGAAGACAGACAUGAUCAAGCUUGUCUGAUGUUUUUCAGGAAAAAAAAGAAAAUUAUAAUAUCAAUAAUCUAAACUGCAUGGUUGGGACAAGAUUCGGAGCUUUAGCAAAAUAAACCAAAAGCUUCAAUCAACCUAUUGAAAGUAACUCAGACAUUAAAGGCGGCGAUACAGUGCAAAGAAUAUUGUCUUAAAUUUCAUUUCAUUCACAUAUAUUGUGUUAUAUCACAACUAUAUACGGCUUUCUAUACAUCUUAAAUGAUGCUUUUCAGUAUUACCUCUUGAUAACAGGAUCCAUCUCAGACGAUAAUAAUUUCCUACCGGAAAGGAAACGUACUUUGUACAGGGAUUAGGCGAAAAGCAAUUUCCUGUUCAAAAAGAUCAUAAUGAUGACAGUGAAAAAGGAGAAGGCAUAAACAAAUAGGUAGAAAUAAAAUAGAAAUAUCAUUUGUCAAUUUUGAGGUCGACCGUCGUCUGAGGAAAGAUGGUGUUUGAGUCCCCAACGAGGAAUGGAAUAUGUAGACCAUCGAAUUUGUGCUCCGAUGCUCUUUCACUGAGCCACAGAGUCUCUAAAGUGAGCCUGGCAAAUACAACGUCCAUAUGAAAUACGCGUCCUGUCUACAGCUAGGAUCAGCAGUGUUGAAAUCGCCCUGUAAAUAAAAGAGAUACUAAUGUCUUUGUUAUUACCAAUUUUGUCUCUGCAGAUUAUGUACUCCGCCAUUCUUAUUUUUCCAUCAGUUAUAGGUAUUAAGAAUUCUUUUAAUUCAAACAGAAAUUCAGCUUAGGUUACUUUUCCUUCUCUGUUCUUUUCUUCGCUUUGAAAAUAAAUAAAUAAAAUGUGUAUUUAUGCUGUCCUUUUUCCCUCAAAACCUAAACCCGAUUCAAGACUAAAAUAACGAGAAUUCGUUAACAGCUCUCGUUAAAACUUCCCAGAAACGAUACCCAUACAAAGUGGACCGUUCCAAGACAGUUUCUGCUCAUAAAUAACUUCCGGGAACAAGGCUUUUGCUUUGUGACACCGUAGUCGCAAGAAAGGUGAGGAAACCAUUGCAAUAUGAUUGGAUCAGAAUCAAACUGUAUUAACAAAUUGCGAUCGUUUCGCUGACGAUCAGUGCUCAGUUGUUCAAAGAUUAGAUAAAAGUGUACUGCGGACCGAGGUAAAUGACUAUCCCAUGGAUAAAUGUUAACAACACGUAAAGUGCUAUCCUCCGAACAGAUAUUUAUCUAGUGGAUAGCGUCACCCCCCGCCCUUCGAACAACCGGCGCCAGUUCGCUAGUUUCGCUUUAGUGUUACAAAGCGUUCGGUGAUUUCAUCGACUUGUGAUCGACCAAUAAGUCAAGGGAGAGUUAGGUCGUUUCAGUGCAAAUUGAAAGUCGAUUUGAUACCUAACGACUCGUAGGUGAAACGACCGGCUGAGUGACGAUUCAGAGCAAAAGCGGUGGCCCGCUAACUAAGCCCAUCCCCUUUCACAACUAGGUGUCCGCCUAAAAGCCAUAGAAAUUAGAUGGCGCGAUCGAACCUACUCACUUCCAUGAUAUUAAUCUUUCCCUUAUUUUUUGUUGUCAUUCUUUGUUUUUGGUAUGAUGGUGUUGGUUUUCAUGUGACAUUCGUUUUCCUUCCGGGUUGAGACCAUGAUUGCACCACAUUUGAAGAAUUUUCUGUACAACAAUGGUCCGAAGUUUUGCAUUCCACAAUGUCUUGUGGACAACGGAGCCUGGUAUCACUCUCGUGUUGUAUUUCAAGCUUAUUUCAUUGACAACAAAGACUGCUCUUUCAAAGCGCUGCAGAUCCUGCCGUUUUUUAUUGAAAAUUUUGGACCAAAAUAGACUGAAUGUCCCAUUGAGUAUAGUAAAUUGGCUGUAGGAAACCGUUAUGAAUUUGACCAGAAAGCGAUCUAUUAUGACUAAAGAGCUCUUUCUGGAGAAGAUAGAAAAAAGCGCAUACUUUUAACAGGCUGAUUUCCGUGCUGCUAAAUUAAGCCUCUGUUUCGAACCGUGGACGGGUGCUUAUUCUAGGAUGAGAAACUGACUUUUUGUCCUUACGCAAGUAAGAAUCAGUUUAACAAUAAAUGUUUGUGAAAGUGAAGGCUCAUGGAAUACAGAAGUGGCCCAUCAGUUGAACAAGCCAAAUACUUUCCAAAUACUUACUCAACUACUUUCCACAAAAAUAUGGAAAGAACUUGACCGGUUCCUCCUUCGAACGUUAAAGACUUUUCUGAUCGUCACCUCUCGUCACUCGUUUUAAUGCUUGCUUCUAAAAAGAUUGUUUAAGGCGUCCUCCGUAAACCUCGUUCAUAUAGAAAGAGAAAGUAAUGUUUUCACCGACAUUCUUUCCCUGAUGUGGAUGGAUCAGCUGCUUUGCGACGCCGUAAAUUUAUGUGAGCAAAGUGAGGGGCCAUCGCAAUGGGAUUGUAUCAAAAUGAAAUUUUAUUAAUGGACAUGGAGCAAGCUCCUUUUGAUGCGAAGACCGCUAGAUAAGACUGAUGCUUACUGCAUUAAUCAACAAGGCAGAGGCAAUUGUGUUAGCUCAGUCUUUCGUAAGAAAUUAAAAAAAAAAUAAAACAUCAAUUGUUGUUACUCACUCUUGCAGAUAAAUUAUGGCAUUGAAAUUACAAUAAUAGAUAAUGCUCUUGUUUCAUAGAAAGGACGCCAAGGUCCCCUGACGAGGCUGUUUUUAUCGUUUCAGCUUUAAGAAGGAAACUGGCUAAGUUUCAGAGCUAGUUUGAUAAAUAGCUGAAAGGCUUUCCUUCUUAGAUUCUUCAUUUAGUACAGAGCGAGAGUUUCGAUAACCGACGUUUGCUUAGUUCAUUUGGAGGUAAGUGUUACACAACACGGGUAGAUGGCGUUCCUGAAAUCGUAAAUAAUAAUUUCGUCAACAGGGUCUUUCACAAACAUCAAAUAGUGUCGAGUAAAAUGACAAAACAUUUACCCAAAUGCUACAUGCUAUCGCAAACGUCUGCAUGUCAUCAAGUGAAACAGUUUUUAAGCCUGUUGCAAAAUUUUGUAAUUGAGGUCAGGUGAUCGCGCUAUGAGAAAUUUGCAUUUAUGUUCUUUGCGAAAUGUUUAUCGAUGUAUUGUGAUCACCCUUCUAAUGACGAUUCCAUCAUGCGAUGGAAUUGCAAGUUGCACGCCAUCUAUUGGAAUGACCGAAACAAGUCGCUGUCAUCUGUACAUUUGUAACAAAGUAAGCUUUGCAACGGUAUGGAGGUUAAUUCACUUUUAUAAGCAAUUAACAUUUAAAAUUUAUUACCUUGCAGUGAAGAGGAAAUCGUGUUGAGGAAUUUGGUACUGUGUUAAAAAAUCUGUUCUGUUCGGUUGUACAUAGAGGUGUUGUUAGUUGUUGAUUAAUCUUUGCGGUCACAGUGUUGCACAGACAAUUUCAUUUAUUUAUUUUAAUCAUUGUUGUGCAGCUCCGAGUCCAAAACGGCGCAACUUGCAUAUUAAUGAUUCAUCAUGAUGAAAUAUACAGAGGCCUGUUUCUACAUUUCAGAAGAGUCAGAACCCAAAAUUACGGCAGUCACACGACCGAAAAAUUCCUUUGAACAGUCAACCAUGGCAAAAAAGUUAAAAAUUACAAAAUGACAUUUACUGAGUCAGUAGCCAGCUUUGAGCUUCAGAUUAUCUAUUUUGUUUGGCAUUUAUCUGUACUGCUUCAGUAAAGCGCUCGUGUAAAUGAAUGAGCUGCGCAGGAAGCCCACACAAAGUUUCGAAGCAGAUUAAGUAAUUUCAAAGUGCAUGGGCAUUACUUAACUGCACAUCAAGAAUUUUACUGUUACUACGGGUUACUAUUUGCAGAUUUCUAAGCUUGCUGCAAAAUGUUGAAGUACGUGGAAUCGAGAUCGCCAAUGGACAAUAGCUACCACAGAACUGACGGCGCAGCCACUGUUGGGAUUAUUCCCGAACCCAACCGAGCGGGCAGUCUCGGAAAAUCACGAGGUUGGCUCGUGAAUCUGCUUAUCAUCGGCCUUCCGGUCUUGAUUUGCAUCAUCCUCCUCCUAAUUUUCAUGUUUGCUACAAGUAUAGACCGAAAACCACCUUAUGUGUCCACUAGGUGCAUUCUCUCUGCGGAGUCAAACAGCUCCAAACUGACAGCGACUCUGAAGAAAAUUCAAACAGAGUAUUUCCGAGUGUUAUGGCCCGAGAAGAUAUACAGGAAACCUGGAGUAAAGCCCGAAGAAAUUCGAGCGACGUUCCGACCGUGGGACCCGAGCCCGAACACUAUUAAGAACAAAACAGACACGGCAAUGAAACUACUUUCAGAACUGAAUUCUUUAAAGAUCAACACGACGUUACUAAAGAUUCGAGAAAGAAAGGCUGUUCACGUUGCUAAGGCAAUAUUACUGAAUAAUAACGACUGGGCGCCUUUAGGACAAAAUUACUACGCGGGGGACUGGAUGUUAGGACCUGACGUUUUCUGUUGGCAACCUAUUUGCCAGGUAUACGCACAUCUGAGUGCAGUGAUCGGGUAUUUCAAGCCACAUAAUUUAACUGAUUUGAAAAAAUUGGACGAGCUCUUUGAUCAGGUCAACGAGACAUUCGAGACAUACAUCGAAAACUUAAAACUGGGCGUGCGAACUGGGUACGUGCGAAACAAAGAAGCUUGUGAGGUUGGCUUGCACAACUUGCAGUACCUUUUUUAUCGAAAUAUUGCUCUGGAAAACGAAACAGGUGGGGAUCUUUUUUAACUCAUCUACAGUUGUUGCAGAGAAGUUGUCGGAAAAAGUGAACGGGACAAAUACAGAAGGCAUUGUGGGUAGUUUUCAGGUCACGGUUCUUUGACCAGUGUCUCAGUAUUCAGAGAAAUUUGAGAAAACAUCGCUUUAUCGAAGGGGCAUAGCGAAUUUGAUUAAUUUCUUUUGUUCGUAGGACUGACUUUUUAUUCUAAAAUUGAUGAAAAACGUUAGGGAGAAAAAGAACGAGCUGACCCUGCUGAAUGACGAAAACGAUGGAAGCUUAACGCAAGCAAAUUCGAGUGCUCUAAAGAAAAAUGUUUACAACGUAACAUUCUAUCGUUCUGUUCCUUUCAUAUCCAAGUGCAUGUCGGUAUUUAUCCCCUGUUGAUUGGUCCUUGUCCAAAUUUAUUUGUUUACUUAUGAAUGGUUGUUGAUUACCGGAUACCCAGAUUGCCUUUCGCGCGACUUAGUCCCUUUUUCCGACCAACCAUUCUAUAAACAGCUGUACACAAUGUGCAAGGGACUACAAUAUGAUCUUUUAGAUUUUUGCGAUAGGUUAGCCCGUUAUUAAUCAGUUCUUUCUCUUCCAUGCUGGCAGUUUUCUAUAAUCUCCAUGUCCAACUGGGUCCGCAAAGAACAAAUUUUCUUUGAAACAAGGUCUUCACACGACUACUUUCUCGUCUUCUUCUUUUACAGAGCUUUAUUUUGAAAAACUAGCUUUCAAUUGGAUCUCCGCUUUUGCCGAAAGUCGCUCUCUGGUGUGAUGACCCACAUUCCAUGUUGGCAAAUUCAAUCAAAACUCAGUAAUUUCAAAAUGCAAUGACGAAGGGUGCAAUUCGAAGCAUUACUAUCAGGUUUUUAUACACUGAUUAGAGUGCGUCUGGUAUCAUUCAAAAUCUUCAUCAUUUCACAUAUAUCUUUCGUCAUAGGUGUCUUCAAAGAAGCUUUCUCAAAUAAGAUUCAAUCUGACGAAUUUUACGACAAAUUGUCCAAGAGUGACAAGAAAAAAUGGAAAGACGAAUACAAAGAAGAUGUUGCAGCUUACUUCAAGCGCUCUCUCGUAACGAAGAUUGGAAACGCGACUAUAAAAAUGCUACGGUUUGUUUCACAUCUUUCCCCUAUCAUGUCGGGUCUGUUAAAUAUGAGCAACACAUAAAUACCUAUUUGAUUCGUAAAAGAACUUUGAGCUAUUUCUGGAUUUGAUUACAAUUCUGAAAUUUCUCAUCCCACUGCAAAUAUUUUUGCAGUCCUUUGAUCAGAGCUCUGAGUAAGGGAAAACAACAACUGAUGAAGCUACAACCAAUCACUGAAAAGCUCAGCAACUCAAGGAACCAAUUAGAACUACAAGUAAAUACAUGAAAACGACGUUAAGCACCGGAAAACGCGAUUUUCCGGGUCACAAGUUUUCAAGACCAAUUUUAGAGCGUAUUUUUACCCCUGUUUCCACCACAUCGGGGAGGGGGAGGACCACCUUAUUUGUCCUACACGGAUAUGUGCCAAAGUAAAAUCAAUGCAAUGUUAAACUGCUCCAUUUUUUAUUUUCCACACCAGAUAUAUGAAAGGAGAACACCUGAGCAACUGCGCCCCAGAGACAGUGGUCAGCGGUCUAGAAAAAUUGCCUCUAUCUUAUGUGUACAAAAACUUAGCCGCUGACACCAACCAACCGGCAAUGCAGAAACUCCCCACUAAUGAGCCACUCCAGGGAAGUGAUACAUACAAGUCUCUGAUGAGAUUUUUUACAACAUUUGAUAUCACGCCAGAGAAGCUAAGGAAAAUGACUCAAGAACGUUUGAACGAACUAUAUCCACAGGUAAACUUUAAGAGCCCAGUACACUAUGCUGUUUCAUCGACAACUUGUGAUAAACUCAGGUAGUCAUAUCUCCUCGACCAUAUGGUGACACAAGAAAAUUUGCAAAGGCAAAAUAUGUUUGCGCAAAUUAUUAGGCGAGACUGUUGUGAAACUAAACUUAUAUUGUACGUUACCUGUGGAAAAUUUCUCCAACGGUUAUUCCUCGAAAACUAUACUUGUUACUUGUCGUGUUUAUUUUCGGAAGCUCCUCCGUAGGAUAGAGGGAGUAGUAACAUUCAAAAUAGCAGAAUCGGAAGUCGAAGGAGGAGUGGCCUACACUGUUGUCUUUUGAGGACAUGACAGGCUUCAAAAUACUCAUAAAAAGCCCCCCCUCCCCUGCCCCCUCAGUAAAGUUCACUACUUCCAUAUUACAAAAACGUAAGGUAACGUAAGAGUUUUUUUCUCUCUAAACAAUAAACCAGGCUGAGAAACUGGCUCAAGAUUACACUGGUAUCAAGAACAACGUGUCUGCCAUCAACGCUUUUACAAGACAAAUGCAGGACCAGGAAAUGUACUUUAACGACAAACCCUUCCCUGAUAAUGAGACUAGCAACGAUGCCUUUAUCAAAUGUUAUGACGACGCAAGCGCCAAGGCUUAUUGCCCCAAACGAUACAAAGCAAUGCAAGCUUGGAUAAAAAAUUCAAAAGAGGCAAGUAGCUUUGGAAGGCUGUUAAGGAUGAGUGACAAUUCAGAGCAAAAGCGAUGGUCCGCUAACUUAGCCCACCCACUUGCUCAAUUAGGUUUUCCCCCCUAAAAGCCAUAAAAAAUAAGAAGCGCGGUUGAAUCUGUUCACUUUCAUGAUACUAAUCUUUUCCUUACUUCGUUUUUGUUGUUGUUGUUGUUGUUUUUUUAAUACCGCACUCGUUUCUUACAUGAAUUCUUUAUUCCCGCAGGUUGAGAACAUAAUCAAACCAUAUUUAAAGAAUUUUUUAUAUGACAGUGGUCCAAAGAAUUGUAUUCCAAAAUGUCCUGUGGACAUCAAAGCCUGGUAUCAUCCUCAUUCUGUAUUUCAAGCCUAUUUCAUUGGCAGCAAAGACUGCUCAUUCAAAGCGCAGCAGAUCCUGCCCUUUUUUGUCGAAAAUUUUGGGCCAAAAUGGACUGAAUAUACCACUAUGAUACAUGAAUUUGCGGGACAUCACGUCGAGGUAAGCCUUAGCUUAGACACCUAAUCCACCGCACACCCAAUAACGGUCUCCAGAACGGGCUACUCGACGCGACAAAUCGCUUCCACAAAUCUUUCCUUUAUACUCCAUUUACUAGAUUUUAGAAAGGGUUACGCGAGGCAACAAAUGGCCGAGACGUGCCUUUCUUUCAUAAAGUCGAUAUUUUUUUUUUAGUAUGAAUCACAUGUUGCGUCAAAUCGACGCAACAUGUCGCGAAAGUCGUGGGAUAGUGUAGCAACGAGGGUUUGCUUUGUGUGUUACAACCAAGAUUGUGAACAUUCUGUGCAAAUAACAAAAUUUCGCGCUUGAUCUGAAACCACAACUUGUGAUCUCUUGGCUCAUGACAUAGCCCUCGGAUUUUAGUGACAGAGAAAGGGGAGUCAAAUUGAGAUACAUCUUUUAGUAGAAAAGACAAACCAAUACUGAGACAGCCGACACACACUGAACACAUUUGAGAGAGGAUUUCAUUUGUCUCUGAUCAAAGCUCGAAGCAGUAUCAACCAAACGAAAAAUUUCGUUUUGUUGUGAUGUACGGUGAAUAGUUUUCACGUUGUUUCACUACCAUUGCUGAUAAGUAUUGGACUUUGCUACGCGCUUCGAACUCUGCUAUAAAAUAAUUUAACAAGUAAUAUGCACGUUAUGUUUCACCGCCAGGUUCAAAGCUUCAGAGAAUAUUUCCAAAGUGACUGUAAAGACCCAAUGGCUUGGUUAAACGCCCCAAACUACUUUGUAGCUAUAACAGAAGGCUGGGCUGCUUAUGCAGAGGACCAGCUUUAUCCAGAGGACACAACACUUUACAGCUCUAAAACAAACAAAACAAUUCUGCGUCAGAAAUAUGGCAUGUUAUAUUAUCAGGUAAGUUUAUUUGCUAUGGAGGGGGAACGGCAAACAUACGUGUAAGGAGUGGAACCUUGCUUGUGAAGAAUUUGACUUAAUCUGAACAAGAGCAAAUCACUAGAAUUGUAAAACUUAUGCACACCAGUUGCAAAACGUGAAAAAUACAUAAUUUUUUAAAGGACUCAAUAACUUUGCAUGAUUUAUUCUUUGCAGUUACUUCACGCCCUCAGAGCUAUGGCUGACAUCGAUUUACACUUCUAUGGGAAACAAGUGAGCGAAAUACGAGAGUUGUACCGCAAGUACGUAUGGGAAGAUAAUAACAACCAAGUCAACAAAGACAUACGACGAAUACAAAGCAUGCCAGGAUUUGUAACGAGUUACAUGAUUGGUCAUUUGGAAAUUGAACGUGUCAGGAAAAUGGCCGAGAAGGAGCUGGGCAACGAAUUUUCGCUGAAAGAUUUUCAUUACGAGAUUUUCCGUGAAGGAGAAUUUCCGUUAGAUUAUUUAGAGGAACAUAUUACAGCAUACAUUGCUUGCAAGAAAAAUCCCACUCAAAUUGGUUGUAGUGAAAUGAUAUGAAUUUGACUACAAAGUGAUAUAUUUUGACCAAAGAGCUUUUUCAGGAGGACGUAGAGUAAAGCGCAUAGUUUUAAAUACCAUUUCCGUGUUUUUCAAGCCUGUUUGGGGAACGAGGGCAAGUGCAUACUCUUUGAUAAGAAUCUGGUUUGUUGUUUUUGAGUAGAUACGACUCAUUCCGACAUACUAAACUGAGGUUCGGCAAAAAGGCCCAAUAAAAAAAAAAAGGAUUCGUGGGAACCCAGAAAUGGCCCACUCGGUUGAAAAAGUCAAAAAUGUUGAAAGUUCUCGACUGGCUCUCCUUCUUAAGUGAGAACUUUUUCUUGAUCUCUUAUCACUUUUUAUCAAUCAAUGCUUUCAAAAACUGUUUGAAAAUUAUUUGUCAACGAUUUGAUUCAGACCAAUUUUGAAAAGGAGAUUGCUUUUGAAAAUGUCUACGCAAAUUAGGCUUUAGCUUUUUAAUUUUAUUAAAACUGUUUAGUUUUCUGUCUCGUAGAUAUUCGUCAAUAAUAUGAUGCAUUAUAUUUACUGUUAAUAAAGAAAAAUUUAAUUUAAAGAAGAUGAGUCUUAGAAAGUUAAUUAUGGCUUACAAUAUACCUUCACCUCCAACAGUCACAAUGUAACCAGGUGGCCACAGCUUAUUGGGGUCUAGGAACGAAAUGCGAUGACCAUUUUUGUAUAGGUAACAACAUGAUUGCGAGUGUAAUUUGGUGUUAAUAAAUACGAGUAAACUUUCAAAGACAAGCGCUUAAUUACACUAAUUUGCACGAGAAAUCAUUUUGUUACUUGUUAAUAAAUUUACAUGAAAAAGCAUCGCAGAAAGUAAAGACGCGUACUAUUUAUAAUUUGCAGUCGUGUUACAACUUUGCACUCUUGUUACAUGAAAAAUGCACUCGUUUUCAGCCAAUCAGACGCGUGUAAUUUUCUCAUGUAUAUCAUUAGGUACAUUAAGUAACGUGUCCAUUGAAAUCUAGAAUGCAGGUAGAUAUAUUCAAAUCAGUAAAGCAGUAAAUUCUUAUGUCUCUUUACUUUGCUUCGUGUAAAAAAAAAUUAAAAACUUAG